AGUGAUCCAUUUUUGUUUCCUCGAAUAAACAUCAACCAGCUUACGACAGUAAAUACAGUAAUUGCAUUUCCAGAGCGACGGGAUCUCUCUCUCCGGCAAAUAUUGGAAAUUCUUCGUGGCGAGAUCUCGACGUAUCUCAGAUCCUUCCGGCUAGUUUGAUCCUGAGGAAUCAUGGCUCCGGUCUCGGCGCUCGCCAAGUAUAAGCUGGUGUUUCUGGGAGAUCAAUCCGUCGGAAAGACCAGUAUCAUCACUCGAUUCAUGUACGACAAAUUCGACAAUACUUACCAGGCUACAAUUGGUAUAGAUUUUCUAUCGAAGACAAUGUACCUUGAAGAUCGAACUGUGAGACUGCAGCUGUGGGAUACUGCUGGGCAAGAGAGAUUCAGGAGUCUUAUUCCGAGCUAUAUCAGGGAUUCGUCUGUUGCUGUUAUUGUGUAUGAUGUCGCAAGCAGGCAAUCUUUCCUAAACACUACUAAGUGGAUCGAUGAGGUUAGGACAGAGCGUGGUAGUGAUGUCAUUGUUGUGCUUGUGGGAAACAAAACUGACCUUGUGGACAAAAGGCAAGUAUCGAUAGAGGAAGCAGAAGCCAAGGCUCGUGAACUUAAUGUAAUGUUUAUCGAAACCAGUGCCAAAGCGGGCUUCAACAUAAAGGCGCUCUUCCGCAAAAUAGCAGCGGCUUUACCCGGAAUGGAGACAUUGUCUUCGACAAAGCAAGAGGACAUGGUCGAUGUUAAUCUCAAGUCCUCCAAUGCAAAUGCAUCUCUGUCUCAGCAGCAAUCAGGAGGAUGCUCAUGUUAAAAAAUUGGCUACAACAACAAACAAACAAAUUGAUAGAGAACAAAACUCAAAAAACAAAAAAGUCCCUCGAGCCUUCGCAUGAUCCGAUCCGUUAUUAUCUUCCAUCUGUAAAAUUUUUGCCUGCUUUUUUUUUUCCUUUUUUUUUUCUUUCAUCACUUUGUUUUAAAAGAGACUUUGUGUUAGUCUAUGGUUGGUUUGGUCCUCCUAACUCUCAACUUUUGUUGUCUUUGGAGUUUUAAAUGCUCUGUCUUUUGAUGUUUUUAACAACUUUUUCCGAAAUUGUGAUUUGUUUGUCUAUGGAAUUGAAUUAUAUUAACUGUCAGCUAUAUAAUAGACACACUCUUCUAGUUUCU